GGCGCGCGGCCGCUGCCCGCCUCCUCCCGCCGCUCCGGGCAUCCUCAUCGGCGACCGGCUCUACUCCGAGGUGUCUCUGACCAUCGACCACUCGCUGAUCCCCGAGGAGCGGCUCUCGCCCACCCCCUCCAUGCAGGACGGGCUGGACCUGCAGUGCGAGACCGACCUGCGCAUCCUGGGCUGCGAGCUCAUCCAGGCGGCCGGCAUCCUGCUGCGGCUGCCGCAGGUGGCCAUGGCGACGGGGCAGGUGCUGUUCCAUCGGUUCUUCUACUCCAAGUCCUUCGUCAAGCACAGCUUCGAGAUUGUUGCUAUGGCCUGCAUCAAUCUCGCGUCCAAAAUCGAAGAGGCACCUCGUCGGAUAAGGGACGUGAUCAACGUGUUCCAUCACUUGCGGCAGUUAAGAGCAAAAAGGACUCCAAGCCCCCUGAUACUUGAUCAGAACUACAUAAACACCAAAAAUCAAGUAAUCAAAGCAGAAAGGAGGGUACUGAAGGAGUUGGGAUUUUGUGUUCAUGUCAAGCAUCCUCAUAAGAUCAUUGUUAUGUAUUUACAAGUCCUAGAAUGUGAACGUAAUCAAACCCUGGUACAGACAGCCUGGAAUUACAUGAAUGACAGCCUCCGGACGAACGUGUUUGUUCGCUUCCAGCCGGAGACCAUCGCGUGUGCGUGCAUUUACCUCGCUGCUAGAGCCCUGCAGAUCCCGCUGCCUACCCGUCCCCACUGGUUCCUGCUCUUUGGCACCACAGAAGAGGAGAUUCAGGAGAUCUGCUUAACAACUCUGAAGCUUUAUACCAGAAAGAAGCCCAAUUAUGAAUUUCUGGAUAAAGAAGUAGAAAAGAGGAAGAUGGCACUACAGGAGGCAAAGCUGAAAGCAAAAGGUUUAAAUCCAGAUGGAACUCCAGCACUCUCAACACUGGGCGGCUUUUCUCCUGCAUCCAAACCAUCUUCCCCAAGAGAAGUAAAAGCUGAGGAGAAAUCUCCAGUAUCUGUGAAUACCAAAACCGUUAAAAAAGAGCCAGAAGAGAGGCAGCAAACCUCCAAGAGCCCUUACAACGGGCUGAGGAAGGAGAGCAAGAGGAGCCGCAGCAGCCGCAGCGCCAGCCGCUCCCGCUCCCGGACAAAGUCGCGCUCGCGCUCCCACAGCCCCCGCAGGCACUACAACAACCGGCGGAGCCUGUCGGGCACGUACAGCUCGCGCUCGCGCAGCCGCUCGCGCAGCCACAGCGGGAGCCCCCGGCGGCACCACAACCACGGCUCGCCGCACGCCAAGGCCAAGCACGGCCGCGAGGAGCUCAAGGGCAGCAGCAGGCACGGCCACAAGCGGAAAAAGUCGCGCUCCCGCUCGCAGAGCAAGUCCCGGGAGCACUCGGAGGCGGCCAAGAAGCACCGGCACGAGCGCGGCCACCACCGGGAGCGGCGCGAGCGCUCGCGCUCCUUCGAGCGCUCCCACAAGGGCGGCAAGCACCACGGCAGCGGCCGCUCGGGCCACGGCCGGCACCGCCGCUGAGCGCGGCACUGCGCGGCUGGGCCAGCACCGAGCCCACAGCCUGCGGGGCUGGGCCAGCUCCAGCACUGCCCCUGAGCCCUGGGACUGCAGAGCUGGGCCAGCACCGGCAUCGAGCCCACAGCCUGCAGGGCUGGGCCAGCUCCAGCACCGCCGCUGAGCCCACGGACUGCGGGGCUGAGCUCAAGCCGGCACCAAGCCCACAGACUGCAGGGCACCACCAGGGCUGCAGCAGCUUCAACCCCAUCUGGUUUCCUAAAAGGUGUAGAAGAAUUUUUUUCUUGUGGGAAAGAAACUGUUACCAACUUUUGCACAUAAUACCUUAGCAGUAUCCCAGAGGUGGUAAACGAUCAGGUUCAUUGUAUGUAUUAGAGUUGUGUAUUGUUUAUUGAGCUGAGAACUGGAGAAAGGAUUUCUGUAAAAAAGCAAAACGUACAUUAUUUUUAUACCAGUCAAUUGCAGACGCUUAUAUUUAAGUAUAGUUAUUUGUUUAAACAUGGUGGAGACUUUCUUACACUGGUUUUAGUCUGCAUGUGUUCAAAGAUUUUUACAAAAAAUAAAAUAUAAAGCUUUUU